AGUGUUUUGUGCAGUGCUGCCAAUUUAGCUGUUUUUGAGAGGCCGUCAGCCGGAACCAGUUUAAGAGUUUAACGUAUUUAGUUAUGAAUUUGUACCCAAGCUACUUCAGCUUGUUUUAGCUAUUUCAAAUAUUGUAUUCAGUUGGGAAAACUGGCUUUGUAGCGUGUGAGGCGAAACAAAUGUAUUUUGUGCAGUGCUGCCAAUUUAGCUGCUUUUGAACUGGUUCUGAGAUAUCUUCAGCCGGAACCGGUUUAAGAGUUUAGCCGAUUUAGCUACUUAUCGCAGCACGUUAAUUUAGCUUGUUUUAGCUGUAUUCAGCUACUCAUUUUUUAGCUGCAAUUGGCAGCACUGACUUUGUUGUGUGCUGUCAAUUUAGCUGUUUUCGAGCUGUUGUCAGCCGGAACCAGUUAAAAGGCUUAACGCAUUUAGCUAUUUAUUCCAAAUUUGUACCUAGGAUAAUUAAGCUAGUUUUAGAUAUUUAAAAUAUUUAAAUUCAGCUACUUUUUUUUAGCUGAAAGAAGACUGAUUUGGGCGGCCGGCAGCAGCUCUUUACGCUUGGACUGGUUAUCACAAGCGUCGCUUGGCGUCGAGGGGCGGGGGGCGAGGCCCUUAGCUCAUGCGCCAUGCAUAUCAAUUAAUUAGCCGAGGUGGUGGGCCGUAUUGUCUUUUUACAUUUUGGCUGGGCGGGCGGUACAGGCGGAUUGGGAUUGGGUAAUAUGGCAUUGAUUACGACAAAAGACAAGAGUGGAAAUUAUAUUGCAAAUCGCGCUGACAAUCCACACACAACGUGGACAACGCAGAGCCGUGGCCGAAUUAAUUCAAAUUCAGUUGAAUGCCGUGCGGGAAAGCGUAAGCUGCUCCAGCUCCCAGGCGGAACAUCAAUUAGCUAAAUCGAAGCGAGUGUCAUGUGCAAAUACGUCUUAAUUGCAGUCGCCCUAAUGUGCGUGCUGCAGCUGGGCAUGGUGCAGGCCACCUUCGACUUCUCGAACGUGGAUCUGGUCAAUUUCGAGUACUUCAAGAAUCUGGACUCGCCGGAGGCGCAUCCGCUGCUGGUGCACUUCCAGAAGAAGAAGGCCGUCCUGGACUAUAUUGAGCGCCUCUUUCUGGGCAAUUCACCCUUCCAGCAGCCCAGCGAAAUACCCUUCGAUCCGCACUUCGGACGCGCCUGGCGCCCCACGUACGAGCGCAAAUUCGGACGACGCGGCGAGCGGCUGAUCGCGGCGCUCGGCUCCGGCUACUCGCUGCGCCAGCUGCGCCACUUUGGCGCCAUACCCAGGGAAUACGGCACGAGCUGAGCUGAGCUUUGACAAACGAGAU